CAAUUGUCACGAAGAAACAUUCCAGAAAUGAGGAAGACGAGGGAGCUGACAUUUAUGGUGUUCAAGAGAAAGUCAAGAACCCACGAUUUAGAGAAGGUAGAUCUGACGAUGAGGAUGAAAUGCAAACUGAUGCUUGA